AUGGCCUCUUUCAAUUGCUUCAUCCUUACUUUAUUCAUUGCUUUGUCAUUUUCGAGCCUCAAUGUGGCUGUAGCUGCUCGCCAUCUUAUGCAAUUGCCACCUCUGCCUUCAGUGCCUUCUUUGCCAAACCCCACAGUGCCUUCUUUGCCUAAACCAGCAUUGCCGCCAUUGCCUUCUAUGCCAACAUUGCCACAACCCACAUUACCAACUUUGCCAAUCACUCAACCAUCGUUUCCUAAGCCCACACUGCCUCCACUUCCUAGCCUGCCAACCACGCCUACCAUUCCCAAGGUCACCUUACCUCCACUGCAAAGCAUACCCUCCAUCCCCACAAUUCCUACUACAAUCCCCUCCAUUUCAUUCCUCUCCCCACCACCUGGAAACUAG